CCAGCUUAUUUCAGACUGUACCAAUUUGUUGUCUGGGAAAAGUUGCGUUCCGUCUCGCACUCUGCCGCGGUGGCCAGGAAUUUCUAAAAGGCAAGUGUAGUCGAGAGAAAAAUCAGAAGGUUUUCCUGUUUUGAUAUUUUUUUGGAAGCACAAUACAACACUCGUGCUUUGUUUCAUGUGCCCCAUCAUUAUUGCUUCCGCGCGGCACAGUGAUACAGUUUGCGAUUUACGCUGGAGAUCAACGCUUUCGAUGUUCGGAGUGAAAAUAGAAAAGAGAAACGGCCAAUGUCACCUAAUCGUUUGAGGUGGCACAAGUGUAACACACCUCCCAGCCGAUGAUAGGGGAGAAGAAAAAACAGUGCUUCUAACCCACAAAUAGUGUAAUGACUAGUACGGGUUUGUUUUAUCGUGAGGACGCAUAAAGCCAGCAUUCCGCCACACCGAGAGGGCAACAUUCCUUUGCGUAACUUCUUGGACGCAGUGCCUCUGGGACUGGUGCACGAAGGCCCAUUUUCUGAUAGAAUUACCACCGAACCGAACCCCGACCGCCGUGCCUCUCCGCUGAUUGCUCUACGCUCCGAUCCUUUUGCGGAGAAGAGUGUUCUAUCAGGAAGCCAAAAAAAGGAACACACAUAUAACCGAAAAUGACAUCAUCAUCAGAACUAGAAACCCUGCGGUCCGAAAUCGAACGCCUGACGCGGGAGCUGGACCAGGUGAGCAGCGAGAAUAUUCAAUCUGCCAAGUAUGGUUUGGGGCUGCUGGAGGAAAAACAAAACCUGCAAGUGAAAUGUGAGGAGCUGGAAUCGCUGUACGAGAACACAAAACUCGAACUCGACAUUACACAAGAGGCUUUACAAAAAUUUCAAAAAACCCAACAAGUCACCACGAAGACAGGCAUCGAACAAGAAGAUGCAUUGCUCAACGAAUCGGCGGCGAUGGAAACAUCCCUCAACAUGCAGAUCGUGGAGCUGGAAAAUGAAACCAAACAGCUACGCCACGAGCUAGACCGUGUAACGAGCGAACGGGACCGCAUGCUACAGGAGAACGCUGAAAUAGGCCGCGAUAAAUCCGGUACCGAGGCGGAACGAGCGCGGCUUAAGGCUGAGCUGAAGGAUAUGAAAUAUCGCGAAGCCCGUAUGCUGGCCGACUAUUCGGAACUCGAAGAAGAAAACAUUUCCCUCCAAAAGCAGGUGUCCAGUUUGCGCAGCUCUCAGGUGGAAUUUGAAGGCGCAAAGCACGAAAUUCGACGGCUCACGGAGGAAAUUCAGCUGUUAAAUUCGCAGGUGGAAGAAUUGGCUAGUCUUAAAAAAAUAGCUGAAAAACAGAUGGAAGAUGCCUUGACUGCACUGCAAGUUGAAAGGGAGAAUAAAUACGCUUUGAAGAAAGAGCUUGAUGCACAUAUCAACCGUGAAUCGAUGUACAACAUAAGUAAUCUGGCAUAUAGUAUACGUAGUAUGGAAGAAAAUGCCCUGAAUAGCAGUGACUGCGAAGAGGAAAUACCGGCAUUGAGAGAUUCCACCCUAAAGCGUUUGGAAGCUACUCUCGAAGCAGAAACAGCAGAUCUGAAAUCGCCCGACGCCACAAAAGGUGACCUGUUCUCCGAGAUCCAUCUGAACGAGCUUAAAAAACUCGAGAAACAGCUGGAAACGAUGGAAACUGAGAAGCUCUGCCUGACCGCAAAUCUGCGUGAUGCUCAACAAAAUCUAGACAAAAGCCAGAACGAUUUGCAAAACUUUAUGGCAAAGUUGAUGUUGCUCGCUGCACACGUGGAUGCACUGCACACGCUUAAAAAGCAGAUUCAAAUCGAAGAAAAUAUAACGGUGUCUGCCGCAAAGGACAAAGAUGCGAAUGACAAAUUGAACGAAGCCAUCAUGCAGUACUCGAGUUGGUUUACAUUGAGCUCGAAGGAAAUUGAUACAUUAAAGGCUGAUUUGGCAGAGCUACAGAAAGGAUUGAACUGUUCCGACGCAAUGACUGUACUGCGCAAUGAAAUAACGAAUCUAAAGAACAAGCUUUUGUCUGUUGAACAAAAAUCAUUGGACUUGCACAGUGACAUCCAGGUGCUCACGACGCUAUCGCAAACAGCCGGCCAAAGUUUGAACACGACGCGAACCAACUUGGUUGCGUUGAGCGACGAUUUAGCGCAACUAUAUCACCUAGUAUGCACGGUUAACGGGGAAACUCCCAAUCGUGUACUGCUGGACCACAAAAAUGACGACUUAAGCUUUGAGAAUGAUUCAUUGACGGCGAUUCAGUCGCAGCUGAAAUCGGACAUACUUACCUCGAAGCCGCAUGUUUUCGAAGACCUGCAAGCAUUGAGCGAUGCAGUUGAAAUUCGUAAAUACGUUGACACCGUGAGUGACCAGAUUCGAUACCUUAAAACUGCCGUCGAACACACGAUCGAGUUGAACAAAGAUAAGGUGGUAACGGAUUCCUCAGUUACGUCGUCGGGCGAUGUAAAGGAGGCGAAGGAAGAGAUUGCCGAUCUGCACGAACAAAUCAUCAAGCUGCGCAGCUUGCUUUCGACGAAACGGGAACAGAUCGCAACGCUGCGGACUGUUCUCAAGUCAAACAAGAACACGGCCGAAGUGGCGCUGACGAAUCUGAAAUCCAAGUACGAAAACGAGAAGCUAGUCGUCAGCGAUACUAUGUCAAAGCUGCGAAACGAACUACGCAUUCUGAAGGAAGAUGCAGCAACGUUUUCCAGUCUUCGCGCUAUGUUUGCGGCUCGCUGCGAGGAGUAUGUCACUCAGGUUGACGAAUUAACACAUCAGCUCGCAGCAGCUGAAGAGGAGAAGAAAACACUGAACCAGCUUCUUCGGUUAGCUGUGCAGCAGAAGCUAGGAUUGACGCAAAAGCUAGAGGAACUUGAGAUGGAUCGUGAAAUGCGCCACGUGCGUCGUCCAGCAGCUUCCCAGCGUGGUGGAGGUGGUGGUGGUGGAGGAGGAGGCGGAAAGUCGGCAUUCUCGCGCGGCCAACCGGCCCGCAACAGCCUUCAGAAUCCGAACAGCAACAGCAAUAGUAACAAUCCGAACCAAGCUUUCUUCUAACAUAAGGUGAGCGUACAACGUAAAAUUCUGGCGUUCCUUUACACACUGCUUAAGCUGUAAAGUGAAACAUACCGGGUAAGAGUGUUGUAGUUUUAGGUAACGGUAAAGUGGAGUGAUGAAUUGCAACCAAAAAUUAUCAUCGGCAUAUGUGAAUCUUUCAUCGAUCUCCAGGGUUUUGAUUUGGUUGUGUCUUGUUUUACGCUCUUUUUCGUAAACAUAAACGUUCAGAAAACACACAGAGCUAUGACCAGGUGGUCCGUCCCACCAAUGAAUGAAUGAAUGAAAUCGCAUAGUUGCGUUCCUGAAGCGAACGCAAAUGACCACGAGUAGCUGUUUAACAAAGAAAAGCAUAUUUCCAUCCAUUAAAGAAACGAACGAGAAUUGAAAAAUAGUUGCAAUAUACAAACUCGUUGUAAAACGUACUGAUCAGCGUAAGGAUCGUGUGUUUCGGAGAAAGGCAGCACAGUGCGUCCAGUAAACCUGUGUAAUUGUCCGAAGGACACAAACGAGCGCGCUUUAAGAUAUAUUUAUUCGCACCGAGUGUGGCAGCUGCAAUAGCGUUUGAAAAGAUUAUUGUAACUAACGACAAGGGAAACAUAUGGUAGCGUUGUUUUGUGAGAAAAAAGGAGAUGACUGAUUGAGAGGCGCAAAUUGAUGAAGGUACACGUUUCUUUUCGAUUAUAUUAACUAUUGAUUAUUAGACAAUGCUAAUCACACGGUUCGGCAACCUUGUGUUGAACGGUGUCAGUGGUUGUGGUAUGGAUAAUAUUGGAUGACUAUAGCAGCACAUGUGUGGCCGUAAAUUUAUUUCAAGAAUUAUAGAUAGACGUUAUUUAUUGAUUCACCAGCAAAUACCAUACCGAUGCUGUAACAAAAUUGUAAUCGAAUACUUUACUGCGACGAGACGACGGCGCGAUUAUCCAAUUAACGGGAAGUUCUUAUCUUUAACGAUGCACUCAUGUGACACAAUUUAACGAAAGGGACCUUUUGUUCAUCGGUUGUAAUGGUGGCAUAUAAAGCACACGACGAAAUCUGGACCAACAUUUUUAUGACUUCCACUGGUUCCUGAUGUUGAAUCGACACGCAUCGUAGUAUUUUAUCUCGUAUUUACUCACCGAUGCUGCUAUAAAGGUUCGCAACAAAAGUGAGAAGCAUGAGUGGUAAAGUAAAUUUGUCACACGUGCAAGUUGCACUGCAUGGUGUGUAUAUUGAUUUCAAUCCUUCAAGAUUACUCGACACCACUGCUUGUUGCAUUUUAUACGAUAGCAAUGGUUCGGCUCGUUUAGAGGACGGCCGCUUUUCGUGAACACUGAAUUGCAAAGUUUAGUGAUAGGGUUGUUAGUAGAAAAUCCUAGAAGUAGGAACAUGGUCCCAAUCGGUGGCUAGCAUCGCACUUCCUUUUAUAUUCAAUUAGGUCUUCCUUGGAUUGUUAGAAAAACAGUCGUUUAAAGUCGGGUGUCUAAAGCAUUGUAACCGGUAGUUUGUUAAAUAUUAGGCAUCCCUCACACUAGAAACACGGAAAUUAUUUGCAUUGUAUCCGUUCUUCAUUGAUACAGCAUCUAGUAACUAUCUGUCCAACAUAGUACAGGUUAGGUUUUCGAAAUUGUGAUUUUUGUCAGUUACGAUAUGCAACAUAUUCUCAGACAUGAAUAGAGCAAGGUAAAUUAGAAACAAAAUUAGGAGAACCGUAUCGAACAGUGUCAAAAGUAAUGAAAACAAAAAAACAAAAACGAAUUAGUAACCACUAGACGCACUCGUCGAUGUAAUUCAACGGGUGUGCGUGUCCUCAUAGAAAAAAAACUUCUAAUCGUCCAAAAUUAAUUAUUAGAACGUUAUAUCCUCUAAUCAAUCCAUUUGCCAAUAUUUUUGAGAAGAAACAGGUUAUGUGAAUAAUAAAGAUAUUAUAACAGCAAAACUGCAUGGAAAUUUAGUGUAGCUGUUUGUUAUGUUGUUGAAUCUGUUCUUGGAUUAAACAAUGACAAACAACAAAAAACACACAACGGCAUGAAUUGUGCGGGCAGAAAGAACAUCGCAUUACAAUAUGGUGAAAUCUCCAAUUGGAUGUAAGACAAAGAUAUGAUUAAACAUACACUGUAAAAGUCUACCGAGCCAUAUAUUUAUUGUAAAAUAGUGGAAAGUAAAGGAAAGCAACAAAUAUUUCCAAGAAGAAAUGAAACAGGAAACAGCAGCUUAUCGUUCUCAAAAUAAUGUUUAACAAAAAUAUUUGGAAAUUCUAAAUAUUGAAACAGAAUAAUGGGUCAACUCGACUAAAGUUACUGGAAAAAAAACAAAAUCGAAAAAAGGUUCAUGUUAAGAUUAUUGUGCAAUAGCAACUAAGCAGGAAAAAAUCGAACCGAUAUUUCUUAGCCACUUAAAUGGACAGCGUUGAAAUUAGCACAAGAAGAUUAGUACGGAAUGCGAUACGAAGUAACAACGUAUGAACUACGAAAUUAAUAAUAAUUAAUCACCGUCCCUUUUUUGAAAUGAAGAUGUUAAGCAGGCGAAACGAAAGAGUGUAAUAAUUAACUAUACGAAAGUGGUAUGACGCGAAAGACAGUUUUUGUACUUACGUAGUACAUUUGCUAUCAAAUCGAAAUCACACCAUGUAGGGAGACAAUUGUUAGAAAUAUUCCAGACAUUGAAAGCAAAUGAAAACAAAACACAUUUGGAUAUCUCGUAUAUUGUAUAUAUAUAUGUGUGUGUUUUCCCUUUUUAUAUUAUAGUUAUACAAUGAAUUUGGAAAUUAUAUGUAUCACGUUUAUGAGUUGUCUUUUGCACAAAACAAACUACUCAGCAAAUAUCAAGCAUCGUUUAUUGUUUUGAUUUCGUGAAAUGCUGAAUUGAUCGUUGAUUUCUUUGCUAAUUAAAAGCUGGUUGCUAUUAUGUUUGGUUAUUACGGUUAAAUCGAUUAUACAAUUUAAGGAAUAUACACAGCUAGUACUUUUAUGUGAUAGUGAUGUUUCUUCUAAGUAUCUUCUAAUUUUGUUACAAAAUCAGUGUAGAAUGAAAGAGUCGUCAAAAUGGAAGAUACAAAAGUAACUCCCAAUUCGAAAAUGGUAGUCCACAACAGUAAGACUUGUACUGUAGCAAAGAUUAGCAUUUGAUUAAAUUUCAACUUUCAAUGUAGAUGCAUUAAUGGAACGAAAAAAAACACACAAACAACGCAGCAUAUUGUAACACCGGAAAUAUCAGCGAUUGAAAUAUUGGAAAAGUUACAGUACAUGAAUUAAUAGCACGGUAUAAGUAAACCUACGGAAAUUGUUUGUGCAUCCUAAUUUGAUUUGAUCCAAGAGUUGUGUUUCACGAGUACUGAACCAUCGAAAAAUUUGAUAUGUAGUGUGCAAAAAUCCCUCCUUUCGUAUCCAUAGGCGUAAGGUUACUACCAGUACUAUAACAGCAUAGUGAUAGCGUUCAUUUAAUUAGCAGUUUAGUAGGUGUAGUGAUUGUAAGUAAUUACCAGAAACAACAAUCGUAUUCCCUCCUAGCGUAGUGAAAUUUAUACAUACUAACCAUAGUUCGUUCUUAAUUUACUACGACACAAGAAAACAAUCAGGCGUAGGUUCCCAAAUACUAAAACAAAAAGAUGAUAAAAACGAGUAGAAGAGAGUAGAACGAAAGAAGAAAAGUAAACGAGCAACUGUGGAAACUAGCAAGAAUGAUAGUACUCCACAAAUGUCCAUUUUGUGUCUAUUCUUCGCACAGGUUUGAGUAAUGUUUUGUUUCUGUUGGACAAAUAGCAACCAUUAAACUGGUAAACGUGGUAAAACGUUUAA